AUGUUGCUAGAUUUGCCGCAGAGGCAAAUGCAUGACUUACUUGCUUUUGACUUUCAUAGUGUUCAGAUCUUUUCUUGUGACAAGGAUGCACAAAAUCAAGUUUUUGCUGGCAGUAGUUUCUUUCGCUGUUCAACUGAUCUGUUCCACUGGAACAAGGGGUCCACUGGACUUCUUAUUGUUUCCCAGCCUGAUGUGGUGGCUCGUUGUGUCUGUGGUCGCUUUUGUAUCUAUGUGAGGUCGUAG